GCGCGAGAGGGCCGGGCGGGCGGCCGAGUUUUCGAGAGAGAAGUUCACCAAGAUGUCCAGUGAUAGGCAAAGUUCCGAUGAUGAGAGCCCCAGCACCAGCAGUGGCAGUUCAGAUGCGGACCAGCGAGACCCAGCCGCCCCAGAGCCCGAGGAGCAAGAAGAAAGAAAACCUGCCACCCAGCAGAAGAAAAACACCAAACUCUCUAGCAAAACCACUGCUAAGUUAUCCACUAGUGCUAAAAGAAUUCAGAAGGAGCUAGCCGAAAUAACCCUUGAUCCUCCUCCUAACUGCAGUGCUGGGCCUAAAGGAGAUAACAUUUAUGAAUGGAGAUCUACUAUACUUGGGCCACCAGGUUCUGUAUAUGAAGGUGGUGUGUUUUUUCUGGAUAUCACAUUUUCAUCAGAUUAUCCAUUUAAGCCACCAAAGGUUACUUUCCGUACGAGAAUCUAUCACUGCAACAUCAACAGUCAGGGAGUCAUCUGUCUGGACAUCCUGAAUGACAACUGGAGUCCUGCUUUGACUAUUUCAAAGGCUUUGCUGUCUAUUUGUUCCCUUUUGACAGACUGCAACCCUGCGGAUCCUCUGGUUGGAAGCAUAGCCACUCAAUAUUUGACCAACAGAGCAGAACAUGACAGGAUAGCCAGACAGUGGACCAAGAGAUACGCAACAUAAUUCACGCAACGUGUAUGCAGUGUGAAGGGGCAGGAGGCGUCUUCCCACUGUGCUGCAAAUCUUUAUAGCCUUUACAAUACGGACUUCUGUGUAUAUGUUAUACUGAUUCUACUCUCUGCUUUUAUCCUUUGGAGACUGGGAGACUCCCCAAAAAGGUAAAUGCUAUCAAGAGUAG